GCGUCCCGGCGCCUGGGGCAGGUCUUAUAGCUGCUGGCCAAGGCGCUAGUGCGUGGGGGCAGUGUACGGCUGGCGGGCGGGGGCCGAGGCCCAGAGACCGGAGCAGCGGGCACCAGGGCGGCCUGGAGCUGGGCGAGCGCCAUGAGUACCAAAUGCGACGUGGUCGUGGUGGGGGGCGGCAUCUCAGGUAUGGCAGCAGCCAAACUUCUGCAUGACUCUGGCCUGAAUGUGAUUGUUCUGGAAGCUCGGAACCGUGUGGGGGGCAGGACUUACACUCUUAGGAAUGAAAAGGUUAAAUAUGUAGACCUUGGAGGAUCCUAUGUUGGGCCAACCCAGAAUCGUAUCUUAAGAUUAGCCAAGGAGCUAGGAUUGGAGACCUACAAAGUGAAUGAAGUUGAGCAUCUGAUCCAUUUCGUAAAGGGCAAAUCAUACCCCUUCAGGGGCCCAUUCCCGCCUGUGUGGAAUCCAAUUAUCUACCUUGAUUUUAACAACCUUUGGAGGACAAUAGAUGACAUGGGACAGGAGAUUCCCAGUGAUGCCCCAUGGAAGGCACCCCUUGCAGAAGAGUGGGACCACAUGACAAUGAAGGAGCUGCUGGAUAAGAUCUGCUGGACUAAAUCUGUGAAGCAGUUUGCCACUCUUUUUGUGAAUCUGUGUGUCACUGCAGAGACCCAUGAGGUCUCUGCUCUCUGGUUCCUAUGGUAUGUGAAGCAGUGUGGAGGCACGACCAGAAUCAUCUCAACAUCCAAUGGAGGGCAGGAGAGGAAAUUUGUGGGUGGAUCUGGUCAGGUAAGCGAACGGAUAAUGGACCUUCUUGGAGACAGAGUGAAGCUGGAGAGGCCUGUGAUCUACAUUGACCAGACAGGAGAAAAUGUCCUUGCAAAGACCCUAAACCACGAAACCUAUGAGGCUAAAUAUGUGAUUUGUGCUGUUCCUCCUACUCUGGGAAUGAAGAUUCACUUCAGUCCCCCUCUGCCAAUGAUGAGGAACCAGCUGAUCACGCGUGUGCCUCUGGGUUCUGUUAUUAAGUGUAUAGUGUACUACAAUGAGCCUUUCUGGAGGAAAAAGGAUUACUGUGGAACCAUGAUUAUUGAAGGGGAGGAAGCUCCAAUUUCCUACACACUGGAUGAUACCAAACCUGAUGGCACCUAUGCUGCAAUAAUGGGGUUUAUCCUUGCUCACAAAGCCAGAAAGCUGGCACGUCUUACCAAAGAAGAAAGGAUGAAGAAACUUUGUGAGCUCUAUGCAAAAGUUCUAGGAUCCCAGGAAGCUCUGAAACCAUCACACUAUGAAGAAAAGAACUGGUGUGAGGAACAAUACUCCGGAGGCUGCUACACCACCUACUUUCCCCCUGGGAUCAUGACUCAAUAUGGAAGGGUACUACGCCAACCAGUGGGCAGGAUUUAUUUUGCGGGCACUGAGACUGCCACACACUGGAGUGGCUACAUGGAGGGAGCUGUGGAGGCUGGGGAGAGAGCAGCCCGAGAGAUCCUGCAUGCUGUGGGGAAGAUUCCAGAGGAUGAAAUCUGGCAGUCAGAACCAGAAUCAGUGGAUGUUCCUGCGCGACCCAUCACUACAACCUUCUUGGAGAGACAUCUGCCCUCUGUGCCAGGCCUGCUGAAGCUGAUUGGAUUGACCAGCAUCUUUUCAGCAGUGGCUCUGGGCUUCCUGGCGCACAAAAAGGGGCUGCUUGUGCGAGCCUAAAGAGAAAGUGUCUUAACCACACCCUCUUCUUACUGUAUUUGGGGAAGGGGUUGUAAUAAAGUUCCCUGAAAACAUAAAGAAUGGAGUGAGGCCGGGAGCAUGAAGAGAAGUCCGACUCUGACUGCUUUAUCUCUUUCUCCAUUGUGGCCCCAGGUUAGGAUCCCUUACCGGGCUUAGCACUGUGUUUCAUCAAUUUCUAAGGCUACUGUCUUCAGAACCUUUAGAAUAGAUAAACAGGCUUGUGUGCUGCCCCACAUUAUACCUUGUCCAUGCACAAACAACUAGUUUUUUCCUCCCUCUGUGGCUUUGUGCUUAUACUUUGUCUUUCCUGUAAUAUCCUCACCUUCCCUGGUUUUUUGCAUUUGUUUUUAGAAUCGUGUUUUGUUAUAAUUGGAAGACCUUAGAGGCUCCUCACCUAAUUCUCACCUUCUGUUUUAAAGCUGAGCAAACUGAAGUUUCUAGGGGUGGAGCUCAAUUGCUCAAGGGCCAUAAGAAGCCACUGGUAUCUGGAGAAUGAGAACACAUGUCCCAUGCUUUUCCACCUUCCAGGAUGUAUUCCCCAAUUGCUCUCCUUAACUCCCUGUCAUAGUCGCUGAUGGUGUCCCCUUGUGUGGGUUUACUCUGUUCUGUACUAUCUUGUACUACUCAAAUGCUACCCAGUAAAUAUCUCUAAGUCUUACU